AUGGACUUUCCCGGAAGCGCGACCACCAAUAUACACAUAAUUGAUGGCUUUUCCACCAUCUAUUGGAGGAUAUACACCGAGGAACAAGGCAUCUCAAACCACCCCCAAGAUGGACCAGCUAAUGGCUAUACCAUUUUGAAGCAUCUGGGUCGCCUCAAGGAUCUGGAGGCCCGAUUGCGGGGGUUGAACUGCCUGGCCUCUUGUCCAAGGCGCCUUGGUCUAUGGGUGUUUUCCUCCACCCCCGCCUUCGAAAGUCUAGCCUCCCUAUAUGUCGAAGAGGGCGAUACGGAAACAACCAAGAUUCUGGUGGAUACAACAACGCUUAAAGUUUCGGCAUCCGGUAGUGUUGCUUCACACGAGUUGAUCAAAAACCUUCCGGCGGACCCUCAAAAUACCCCUGCAACUCAGACAUCCGUGCAGCAAAGACCUCCACAAUCUCAGUCUUCGGCCCGACGACAAGAAGGCUAUAAUAGCUCGGCUGCCAUAUAUACUUCUUUUAUCUCAGCCGUCACCGGUGCAAUCAGUGUACAUCUCAUUCGGAGCUACGGCGCAUUGCCACUAGGUUCACGCACCUUAUUCACUGCUGUGGAAAAGUUCGGUUAUGAGAGUCCUCGAAUCGAUAAUCAGAGUGUGCUUUCCCAGUCUUGUUUAACCACACUCAAUAUCCAGCUAAACGCCACGGGCACGUUAACGAUAUCACCACAAACUAUUUCACAACCGGGCAUUACACGACUGUGUAGCCCCCGCGACGACAUUGCCGACCUUUUGCGAGUGCAGCCUGGUACCGACAUCUGGCUAUGCCCUAACGGAGCGAUCGCGAGACUUGUGACUGCAAAUAUUGAAUCCCCCGCCAUUCCUUCCCCCGAAUAUCCAUCAUCGACGAAUAAUUUCUCAAGGCAGCAACAAUGGAAACUGGAUGUCGUUCAGUGGCUAGCCACUUUUGGUUUACACAUUAAUUCGAUAGACGAGGAGCCGUGGGUGGAGGUGGAAGUGUGGGAACCGUUCUUUGCAAGAUUAGCUGGAGAAACAUGGCGCCAGGGCGAGGAUACCCAGUCGACGCUUCCGUUGAAGCGCAUGCUGUGGCCUGCACGAUUUUGCUUCAAGAGAUCCGGUCCGAUGAUUCGCCCCUCUUGCCCGCUUCAUACUUUUGAUGAUCCGUUAGAGUUUGCCGAGCAAUGGUUUUCAGAAGCUAGCUCCCUCAAACUGAAUCAAGACCCUCCAAGUAUCCCCGUCUCGGAAGAGAUCCAGAUGAAAGAUCAAGAUAUGGCUUCUCCUCAGAUUGACAGUGCAGAAAACCUAGAGAGUCUUUCUCGAAUGGCCCAAUAUCCUGAUCUACAAAGUACCAAUAUGGUCUACCCAACUCCGCCAGAUGGUGCAGCCAUUGUCGGAACGCACAACCCGAAUGCGUCCGUAAUUUCCCCGGAUGAUACCGACUUCAACUUAUCGCCAGGCGCAGGGCAAGACACGAAGAAUAUCUCUCAUGUGGAAUUUUCACCAGACCUUCAGGUCGGCACUGGUCGGUAUGACGCGAGCGAUGACGAGGACCUUUUCGGAGACAUGAACGAUAAAGAUUUUGGAGCAAAAGGAAUUACCGACGCAGAUUUCAACUUCUUCGAUGACCCAGACCUCGAGACGAUGGAUGAGGCCGUGCCUGAUCACGAGACGGUGGCAGAAACGCCUUUCAUCCAGCCAGACCAACAGGUUUCAGUGAAAAAGGAACCUAAGGAAGACGUUGGGGAGGAACAUCCUGACAGUGGCUUGCCAGAAGUCCCGCGGCCUACCGAACUUUCAACGAAAGAGCAUCUGCACAAGAUGGAAGACCCUCAAGCGAGCCCAAUUGAUGAUUCAAUGGGUCUUGACGAAUCUACACCAUCCCCUCAGGAGCCAAAGUCUCAAACCAUCAGCCCUCCAUUAAGCCCUAUCGAGAUCAAGAAAAUCUUGUUCCCAGGGUCAGAAGCCGAAGAUCCGAACCAGUCCAGUGACUCGCGCUUUCAACAAGGUCACUAUCACCCCAUUGCAUUUGAAAAGAAAAUUGGGGACUGGGACCAAAAAUAUGGAACAACGGGAAAAUUCUGGUUUACCACCGGAAAUGCCCUAGAGGCUUCGGAUCGUAACUCGAACUCCAUUCCCACUAUUGGUAUGCCUCAUCGCGGCAGAGGUAGUAUUGCAGCAAAAUCCGCGGGCGAAAGCGCGGCUCUUUCAUCGCUGGACAACCAUACUCGUUCCUCAUCUGUUUCGAGCAAUACCGACAGCGAUUUGAGUGACGACGACGCUCCCCCGAUCAAUGCCCCGACACCACUAACGAUGGUUAUUCCAUCAUUGAAGAGAAAACGUGUGCCCUCCGAAUCUGACAUUCAAUCCGUUGCGUCCCUGGCCAAAUCUUCAAUCGUCCCUGAAAAUAGUGCAGUCUCUAAGGGCGACAACACUACAUUUCUUGGGAAUUUUCUGGCGAAUUUCUCCGACUGGACUUUUAUAGGUUAUUUCUCUGCUACGCAGAUUCAACAACUGCCGGUCCUUCUACGACGAGAAGACCAGGUUCUGAUUGCUCAAUUGCUAGUCGACCAAAUUACGCAAUCAUCUUUUGACCAUCAACUAGCGGACCGAGUUGGCUUAUCUACGAUGAAUAAUGAAAAUUUUCCUUUGGAGACAUGUCUUGAGGGUGCAAACUUCCUCGGCGACAUGGUAAGGCUCGAUCUCAAAACAUACGCAUCAUUGCAAGAAGAUCCAGCCGCAGCACAGCAACCUCUCAAGGAUCCUUCCAAGGGUCCUAUCUCGAAGUCAUUUGCUCCUCACGUUCGUGUUCGGCGGGGCAAGGAUUGCCUCGAGGCCCUUCCAGCUUCGAUUUCAUUCUGGGAGACAUUUGGUCUCGAGCCUGCACAUGGUACAAAGAAUGUUUCAGCCUAUUGCAUUCACCCCCAGGCUGCAUCGAACGCAGCAGAUGUCUUCAUGGAUCGCUUUGGUCUGCUCUACCAAAGUUGUAACUUUGGAAAUCAUACUCGGGGCGAUCAGUCGAAAGCAUUUACAAAAGGCCUCAGCACCUGGGGCUCGGAAAAUCCCGGCUAUAGCUCUAUGAUGCAGUCUUUAAAUAAGCUUUGCGAAAAACUAGGAACCGAGCUAGCCCAAGCCCCGUCAGAUACAGAUAAUGCAAUCAUCUACAUUGUCAAUCCUUUCCCACAUGCUGCAGCACUUGUCGAUAUUUGCGCGGCUUUCUGGCGCCUUUUCCAACAAUUGGCUGCGAAUGCUGACCGGCAGCAAACUCGGCAACUCAAUGAUGUUGUUUUGCAGAUAAUUCCAUUGGAAUUCAUUGUCUCGGAGGAUUCCAUGGUUGUGCCAACUCAGCCCGACUACCUGAAUCUAGCGCUGGAAAUGCCGAUCCUGAGACCCUUUGUCUGUGCGCCUGCUAUCGUUCUGGCCGACCCCGCGCCAAAGAGCAUUGGAUUUCGACUUGCAGCCGAGAAGGGGUCACCGCUCCAGGACGGUCGAAGUCUGCAUCUAGCUCUCUCAAAGAGCUCGGACCAACGUUGGAUAUCAGCUGCAUGGUCCGAUGGGACUGGCAGCCUUCAGAUGACAAUGUCAUAUUGCUUGAGGUAUCGCAGCCGAGGUGUGCCCAGACCGAUUGCUGAUGUGCGCAAUGAAAUAUGGGCUGCGACAAAACAUAUCAUGGAAAAUUACCAGGCUCGCUGGAAGCUCGUUCUGGCCAACACUGAGCCGAUGGAUACUGAUGAUAUCGAAGGAUGGGCCAGCCUCUCCGAGCAACUCAACAAGCUCCGACCUGGUACUGUGGAGCUGAGCAUCGUGACAGUUAGUGCCAUUCCUGAUUUGGUACUUGAGACACCUACCGCACCCAUGACAACCGGUGUCCUCAAUCCUCAUUUCUCAUCUACGCCUGUUUCGACUCCCAACCCCAGUAUAAGCAUCGCCUCCCCCGAACAGGCGGGCAAUGCCCCGACUCCGGGAGCUGCUUACAAUGCCCCAACCCCGACCGACGGAUCUUUGGAACCCGAUACGGACGUCGUUCUCACCGACAUGUGCGACGAAUCUUGGACAGUCGUAUUAUCCCACCGCCUCAACAACUCCCACCACGUUACCGAACUCCGCCCCGCGCUGGUUAGCGGGUAUCUUCUUCGCCGCAAAGGCGUCGUUGACAGCGACGGCGUCUUUGCAAUGACCGUCAAUCUGGUCCACACACCCCGCCCGUCACUUACUCACGAAACCCUCUUGAGAGAGAUUCUCGGAAUGUAUCGAGAUCUAGCUACCCUCGCCCGGGUAAGGGGUAUUCGCAGCGUACAGAACAAUACGCUGCCGUGGCACAUUGCCACUGCUCUGCGAGCGCAGGAGCUCCUGAGCUAUGUCUUGUGA